CUGCUGUCUCAUGUCCCUGGCUCACUGGCUGCUCUUGUUUAUCAUCUCCAUCACUCUCUCCCUGCUCUCUCUCUCUCUCUCUCUCUCUCUCUAUCUUUCCUCCCUUGCUCUCUUUCUAAAACCCAACUUUCUUUCUUUUAGUCUUUUAGUCUUUUAGAGCUUUUGCUUCUUCCUUUUUCUCACUCUCUCACACUUUCCCUCUCACUCUCCCAUCUCAGGCCUUAUCCCAAUUCCCAUGGAGGAGAGUUCAUCCUUUCCCGUGACUCCUCUCCCCCCCACCAUUUCACCCUCAAAAUCCCCAUGAUUUCUUCCCACUCUGAACCUCCUCCUCCACCACCACUUCUUCUCCUCCUCCUCCUCCUCAACCACCAUGCGCUCCGCUCAUCCCCAAAACGGCGGUGAAACCCCCUACCAAAUCCCCACGCACCCUAACUUCCAGUCCACCGUCUCCCUCCGCAAGCUCCGCCGCUUCAACUACCUCAUCCUCAUCUUCCGCAUCGCCGCCUUCAGCUCCUCCCUCGCCUCCUUCGUCUUCAUGCUCACCACCUCCCGCGACUCCGACCCCUCCUCCCCUCGCUGGUACCACUUCGACGCCUUCAGUGGUGGGAGCGAAUGCGAUAGUGGCGAUAUACUCGCUCUUCGAAAUGGUGGCGUCGGUUUGGGAGAUUUCCAGAGGCUCAACUCUGUUCAGCGAGGUGUUGCAGGUCUGGUUCGACUUCAGCCACGACCAGGUGUUCGCGUACCUGCUGCUGUCUGCGGACUCGGCGGGAACGGCGCUGGCGAGGGUUUUGAAAGGGAUGGACACGUGUACGGCGUGGAGCGCGUUCUGCAUAGAGACGGACAUAUCGAUCGCGUUGGGGUUUGUCGGGUUUUUGUUCCUGGGCUUUUCGUCCGUGCUCUCGGGCUUUCGGGUCGCCUGCUUCGUAAUCAAGGGUUCUCGUUUUCAUCUUUAGAGAGAGAGAGAGAGAUCUUGCCAAAAAAAAAAAAAAAAGAGAGAGGGAAUAUUUGGGUGAGUCGGGGUGUUGGGAGCUUUACUGUGUUGCCGUACUCUGAUUUUUCAGAAGGAAUUGACUGAUGCGACGUGGAUUAGGUGUGGGGGCCCAGUGGUGGGUGUGGUAGCUUUUUUUUUUUUUUUUUCCAUCGAGUAUUUUGUGCAAGUGACCAGAGGCUGAUGAGAUGAUGAUGAGGAGGAGCGGCAUGAGCUGUGUGUAUGUAUAUAAGAAGGAGAGUCGUGUAUUCUUUAUGCAUUUGCGAACUACUCUACUCAAUUUUAUGGGGCUUCACCCGUUUCCGGAGAAGUACUUGUCAAGUGUUUUUUCGAUAAAUAUUUCUAAAUGAGAUUUUUUGAAGGCGCUUGAUAUUUU